CUUUCAAGUUCCUUGCGUAAACAAAAACCAACCCACAUUUUGUUUCUCAUUUUCCACUUCAACAUCUUGCCUUUUCAUUAAUGAAACAAAAGAACUCGAUUCUCCCUUUCUCAAUCUCUCAACUUUCAUAUCUAAUUCUAAAAUUCCUCAGCCAGACUCCUGCUUCUUGUCUGGUUGUCUUUUAAGAUAAUACUGUUUGGAACCUGUUUUUGUUGGAGGCAAAGAGCUCUUCUUUUCAAAUAUUGGGUUCUUUUUUAUUUUUGGUCUCUGGUGAGAUCAGAUCAAGAGUUUUACUUUUUUGUUUGAAAAAAAGAUAUUAAAUUUGCAUUGGAUCUCUGGUUUUUUUUUUUUUAAUUGUGAUUUAAUUUUGAUUGAUAUAUUGGAAAGAUGAAGUUUGGAGAGACUUUUAAGGAGUAUCUGCAUGGUGAUCAGGAAUGGUUUUUAGAUAAGUUUUCUCAUGUCGAGUAUAAAAGGCUUAAGAGAGUUCUAAAAAGCUGCAGAACCUGUCAAGCAUUACAUGGCUCUAACAAAAAAACUGAACAAAUAGAUGAUGAGGAGAAUCCCAUGUUGUCUCAAUUCUGUCAAUGCCAAUCUUGUCCAGUGUGUGAUCAGAUGUUCUUUACUGAACUGAUGAGGGAAGCUACGGAUAUAGCUGGAUGCUUUAGUUCCAGAGUCAGACAUCUUCUCCAUCUUCAUGUUGCCACUGGAAUGCAGAGAUACGUCUUGCGGAUACGUCAAUGUUUCAAAAAUGAUCAGCAAGACUUGGUACAAGAAGGGCGGAUGUUAAUAGAAUAUAUUACAAUGAAUGCAAUUGCUAUCCGUAAAAUCCUGAAAAAGUAUGAUAAAGUACACAGCUCUGUAAAUGGGAAGAAGUUCAAAUCCAAGAUGAGGGCUGAACAUCUGGAGCUUUUGCAAUCACCUUGGUUGAUUGAAUUGGGAGCUUUUUACUUGAAUUUUAAUGGAUCAGAUGGUGGAGAGUUCAUUCAGUUUUCUGGUUCUUUUGCUUGUGACCUCAAUGCAACGGAACCUGUGAUGACAAUGGUGCUUCCAAAUUCAAUAAAGCUAGAAUAUGAUCUAACAUGUGCUAUUUGCUUGGAAACUGUUUUUAAUCCAUACGCUUUGACUUGUGGUCAUCUUUUCUGCAAGUCAUGUGCUUGCUCAGCUGCUUCUGUGAUGAUCUUUCAAGGACUUAAAGCCGCAAGUCCAGAUUCAAAGUGCCCAAUUUGUAGAGAGGCUGGAGUAUAUGCUAAUGCGGUGAACAUGCUGGAACUAGAUCUGCUCAUCAAACGAAGGCAUAGAGAUUAUUGGAAAGAGAGGCUGAUUGCAGAACGUGCUGAGAUGGUGAAACAAUCCAAGGAGUACUGGGAAUCUCAAACCAAAUAUGUUAUUGGCUAUUGACUUAAUUCCUGAUCAAGCAAAGGAGACAGAGUUUGGCAGUUGGUUGACUGUAGUUCAAGUUCAUUUAAAUGCUUAAAGGAGUAGUGUAGUAGUAUCCAUUUUUCCAUUGGAACUAAGCAUUUUUGCCCUUUAAUUCCCCUCAUUCCUUGAGCAAGCAUGAUUUAUUUGGAGAAGAAAACAAUUUCCUUUGAAUUAUUUAAUA